UGUCCACUCCCCCCGCUGCCGGACUGCCUGCCCUCCGCGCAGGAGACGAGGGAUUUCACAACCCAGCCCAGACAGGAUUAAAGAGAAAUACACAAGUAAACAAACAGCGGCCUUGUGAAGCGGCUGUGCUGCGGGAGCCCCUCUGCUGCCCAGGGCGAGUUCAAACUGCCCCUGUCAGAGGAAAGGAGUUGCUUCCUGUUAUUUCCAUUGAAAUCCUUGUCCCGGUCGCUAGCCCGCAGGCUCCGGCAGGAUGGCACCGUGUGCACAGAUGGGCUCUGGCCGCCUCUCCCGAGGGCUCCUGCUGCUCUGUGCGCUGCUGGGACAUGGGUUUUGCCAUAUGGGUGCCGAGGCUGAGGGCUUCGGGCAGGAGGCAAGGACAAGCCCACCGAUGUCCAUGCACAACUUUACCGAUGAGCUGGUGGAGGAGAUAUACACCAACAUGACGCAGCGCUGCUGGGAGUUCUUCAUGCACCUGAUGCAGAAUGUGACCGGCACACAGCUGUGCGAGUGGAAGGUCAUCAGCAGGCCCUACAGCUUCCUGCAGAAGUGCCUGGAGGACUGGGCCGACAACCUGAAUUAUAGUUACCCCAACACCUUGGCUGAGAGCUACAUCUUCCAGAGCCACCACCGCUACUUCCAGAACUGCUCGGCUGGCAGCCAGGCCUACUUUGACCCCCCCGAGGACGUGUUGCUGGCCAUGAUCAUUGCCCCCAUCUGCCUCAUCCCCUUCCUCGUCACCCUGGUCAUCUGGCGCAGCAAGGAUGGCAAGGCGCAGCCCUAGGUGCUGCCGUGGAGGCACAGGCACAGCCCCGGCACUCGGUGCCCUGGUGCCAGGCUAUGGCACUCCCGGGGCUGUGCUGGGUAGGGGGCUCCCCCGAGGGUUCACCUUCCCCGGGAACCGGGCAUUAAAGGUUUACUCUCCCCA